AUGGCUGAACAAAAGCUACUCCUUGGCCUUGUUUUCCUUGCCCUAAUGUCUUGUUCUUGGUGUCUUGGACCAGAGAAGAACAUUGUAUUCUACAUGCACGACAUUGUGAGUAAACCCAACUCAACAGCUACAGUAGUUGCAGGAGUAAAAGGAACAUCCUCAAAUCUGUUGGGCUUUGGAACAGUGCUGGUUAUAGAUGAUCUUCUGACUGAGAAGCCUGAUCGCUCUUCCACUGUUGAAUAUAAUGGGAGCACACUUGAAAUCCAGGGCACAGAUCCCUUCAUGCAGAGUUCUGAAAAAGAGGUGUCUGUGGUGGGAGGGACAGGAAAGUUGAGGUAUGCUCGUGGUUAUGCUAUCAUUACUCUGCAAAGCUCCAGUGGAUUGGAUGGUAAUAUCAAAUUUAAUACUACCUUUUGCAUUGGCUGA